AUGCCGGAGCCCAUCGCCUUCUUUGGCCAGCGCAUCGAGCCGGGCGAGGUCGUGCCCAUCGACGCGCUCUCCGCGUUCUGCAUUACGAACAUCGCCUUUGCCGACGGCGUCAAGGGCAGCGCCCGCGCCGUCGUCAAGGUGCACCACACACAGCUGCCGCAGCUGCCCGAUGACAGCGAGGACGAGGAGGAUGAGGAGGAGGACGAGGAGGAGGGAGAGGGAGAUUUCGAGGAGCAGGUGCUCACCGUGUGCCACCUGCACCCCGGCAAGAUCGAGCAGGCACAGGUGAACCUGCACUUCUCCGCACACGCGCUCAUCGGAGUCUCCGUCACUGGAGAUAACGCUGUGGACCUCAUUGGCAGCUACACGACAUCUGCGGACGACGAUUACGACAGCGACCCGGAUUCGGACGAGGAGGGCUACAGCUCGUUCGACGAGUCGGACGAGGAGAUCGAUAGCGAUGCCGUCGGCUCGCUGCCCGACCUCAAGCGCCGCAUUGGCGGCAAGGUCGAUGCCGCCGGAAGCGAUGAGGAAGAAUCGCUCGACGAGGACGAGCUCGACAUUGCAGACCUCAUGGACGAGAGCGAGGAGGAUGAGAGUGCAGAGGAGGCCGAGGCUGCGCCGACGAAGAGCAAGAAGCGCAGCAUCGCCGAGGUCGACGCCGACGCCUCGAUGAUGACCACGGCCUCCACCGCCGAUGUCAGCGACUCUGAGCUGGCUGCUGCCGCCGCUGCCGAGGGCCUGGACAUCAGCUCGCUGUCCAAGAACCAGCGCAAGCGCCUCAACAAGAAGCUCCGCACCGAGUCUGGCGAGGCGGCCAGCCCUGCCGUCGCCGAGCCCGCGCAGGACAAGAAGGCUGCUGCUGCCGAGAAGAAGGCCGCGGCUGCCGCCGACAAGAAGAAGGCCGCCGACGAGAAGGCCAAGGCUGCCGCAGCCAAGGAGGCCAAGUCCAAGAAGCAGAAGCUGCCGUCUGGCGUCGAGAUCGAGGACAAGAAGAUCGGCACGGGCCCGAUCGCCAAGGCCGGCCAGCGCGUCGGCAUGCGCUACAUCGGCCGCCUUGUGAGCGGCAAGCAGUUCGACGCCAACACCAGCGGCAAGCCGUUCAGCUUCAAGCUCGGCCGCGGCGAGGUGAUCAAGGGCUGGGACGAGGGCAUCAAGGGCAUGCAGGUCGGCGGCGAGCGCCGCCUGACGAUCCCGCCGGCGAGCGGCUACGGGCGCAGCGGCGCACCGCCCGCCAUCCCGGGCAACGCGACGCUCGUCUUUGACAUCAAGAUGGUGGACCUGAAGUAG